GAGAAGAAUAUUAAAAAUUGUAAAUUUAUCCGAUUCAAAAUGACUGUAACAGUUGAAGUAAUUAAGAAUGGAUAUUCAAAGAUUGAUUUAGAACGGAAUGUAAUGAUAGCGAAUUGUACUUGUACGUUAAUAAAAGAAAAUGAUAUUUGCAUUAUUGUUGAUACUCUUACUGCAUGGGACCGUUUAAUUUUAGAAAAAGAAUUAGAAAAUCGAAAUGUUAGAGUUAGUGAUAUAACCCAUGCUGUGGCUACACAUGGACAUUCUGACCAUAUUGGAAAUAUGAAUUUAUUUUCAAAUGCUCAGCAUAUAGUUGGACAAUCUAUUUCACAUAAAGAUGAAUAUCUUUUACAUUCAUUUGAGGAUAGCCCAUUUAAUGUCACAGAAAAUAUUAAAAUAAUUGGAACUCCAGGUCAUACUCUUUCUGAUGUAAGCGUCAUUGCUAAAAAUACUGAUCUUGGUACAGUAGCUAUAGUUGGGGAUUUAUUUGAAAGAGAGGAAGAUAUUUUGAAUCCUACAUUAUGGAAAACUACAGCUGGCAGUGAAAAUCCGAACCUACAAUAUCAAAAUCGGAAGAGAAUUCUUAACCUAGUGAACUACAUUGUACCAGGACAUGGCCCUAUGUUCAAAGUAACUGAAGAAUUAAAAUCAGCCCAUGAAAAGCAAAUUGAAAAUAUCACUGAAUAAAAAAAGUACUUCAAAAUUAUUCCAUUCAU